CAGAAAAGCUUAACAGUCCUCUCCUCUCAUAUCACUGGAGCUUCGCUUCGCUUCGGCCUUUCGAGACGCCAUUGUUGUUCAAAAUCUAAAUCAUUCUUCUUGAAAAACCCCUUUUUGAUUUUUGUUUUCGUUUACGAUCGUUCGUAUCAUUGGUUUCAAGCUUUUCCUUGUUGAUCUGAAUCAUCUAAUUCGUCUUCGUCAUUUUCGAGAUCUCAUUAUAGGAAUAUGAGAUUGAGUUUUUCGUCGGGCUCACGAGGUUUUGUUGGUUUGGUGUUCGUUUCCGUAAUUGGCAAUUACGAGUUAGUUCUGAAUUUGGCGUUCAGUGACUGAUGCCUCUUUCCUGAUUUGGAUUAUUUCUCCUCAUGAUUCAAAUGGUGAAUCUUAUGGCUUGAUUAGGCAAAUGUUAGUUGGAAUGAGGAAUCUUAUAGAGACAGGAAGAGUGGUUGUAUAGUGUAGAUUUGAUUACAAUAAAGCUCUUGUUUUGAUCCUGGGACCAUGAAGCUUGCCUCAGUUUUUGGUCUUAGACCACGGAUCAGCGGCUUACUUUUCUUAAUCCUCGGUGUUAUUGCUCUCAUUACCAUUUUAGUACCAAAUUCUGAUGAUUCUCCUUCUCCAACUUCAACUACGCGAGUGACGCAUAACAUUUUUAGUAACUAUGGGAGGAUUAGAGAGCAAGCAGCUAUUGAUUAUCUAGAUCUAAGGUUUUUCUCCUUAGGGGUUAAUCGGUUAAAAGAGUUUCCUUUAUGUGGCAAAGAAAGAGAGAACUAUGUUCCUUGUUAUAACGUAUCAGAGACUAUACUUGCUGAUCGGAAUUGUGGGUCUGCAAGAGAAGAGGAAAGAUGUGUAGUUCGUCCUCCGAGAGAUUAUAAGAUACCACUUAGAUGGCCUGUUGGUAGAGAUAUUGUAUGGAGUGGGAAUGUGAAGAUUACUAAAGAUCAGUUUCUUUCAUCAGGAACUAUGACCAAAAGGCUAAUGCUGCUUGAAGAGAAUCAAAUUACGUUUCACUCGGAAGAUGGCUUGAUCUUUGACGGGGUUAAAGAUUACGCUUUUCAAAUUGCUGAGAUGAUUGGAUUAGGAAGCGAUACCGAGUUUCCCCAAGCUGGUAUACGGACUGUUUUGGAUAUUGGUUGCGGAUUUGGUAGCUUUGGUGCACAUCUAGUGUCUUUGAACGUGAUGCCUAUAUGUAUAGCAGAGUAUGAGGCAAGUGGAAGCCAAGUCCAGCUAGCUCUAGAGAGAGGCCUUCCUGCAGUGAUUGGAAAUUUCUUUUCAAAACAGCUUCCAUAUCCAGCUUUAUCAUUUGACAUGGUCCAUUGUGCUCAAUGUGGGAUUACUUGGGAUAUAAAAGAUUCAAUGCUACUCUUGGAAGUGGAUCGUAUCCUCAAGCCUGGGGGUUAUUUUGUUUUAACUUCUCCUACAAGCAAAGCACAUGGAAAUUCUCCUGAUGCUAAGAAAACAAGUAUCUCAACACGUGUGGAUGAGUUAUCUAAGAAAAUCUGCUGGAGUCUCUCAGGUCAGCAAGAUGAGACGUUUCUUUGGCAGAAAACAGCAGAUCCAAAUUGCUAUUCAUCUCGCUCGCAAGCUUCUAUACCUCUUUGCAAAGAUGAUAAUGGUGUUCCGUAUUACCAACCUCUUGUUCCAUGUAUAAGUGGAACCAAGAGUAAACGCUGGAUUCCUAUUCAGAAUAGGUCUAAAGCUUCCGGAACUAGUUUGUUUGAGCUUGAAAUUCAUGGUAUUAAACCUGAAGAAUUCGAUGAGGACAUACAAGUAUGGAGAUCAGCCCUUAAAAACUAUUGGUCCUUGCUUACACCUUUGAUUUUCUCAGACCAUCCCAAAAGACCUGGUGAUGAAGAUCCUGUCCCUCCUUUUUAUAUGAUACGCAAUGCCAUGGACAUGAAUGCUCGUUAUGGGAAUCUGAAUCAUGCCUUCCUUAACCAAGGGAAAUCAGUUUGGGUGAUGAAUGUCGUCCCAGUCAAAGCACGUAAUACUCUUCCUAUUAUACUUGAUCGAGGUUUUGCUGGCGUUCUACAUGACUGGUGUGAACCAUUCCCUACAUAUCCGCGAACUUAUGACAUGCUUCAUGCCAAUGAACUUCUUACACAUCUUAGCUCAGAACGAUGCAGCCUAAUGGACUUAUUCUUGGAAAUGGACAGGAUUCUCCGCCCUGAGGGAUGGGUCGUGCUAAGCGAUAAGCUUGGAGUGAUAGAGAUGGCGCGUACACUAGCUGCUCGUGUACGUUGGGAAGCACGGGUCAUUGAUAUUCAAGACGGUAGUGACCAACGGCUCCUAGUUUGUCAAAAACCAUUCCUGAAAAAGUAACUAAAGAAAAGAAGCAAAAUCAGCAAACUGUCAAAAAAUUUGCUUCUCUACACCAUCGACACUACAAGUACAGUAUAUUUUUCAUAGUGACUGAGUUCUCUUCUCUCAUUAGAAUGAAUCAGAGUUACACAUUGCUGAACUGAUACAAAUGUUGCUUGCAAAUUCUGGAGAGAAAUCAAGAAGAUGGAAAUGGAGACUGGGAUUUUCUUACCAGUGGAAGAUUUUAUCAGAUUACAAACAUUCUUUACAUAUUUUUUUUCUUUUAUUUUUCUGUUUUGCAAACAGAAUUGCAGUUUUAUAUUUUUUCUUCCA